AUGAUGAAGAAUCAUAAGGACACCCACCGCCGAACCGUAUGGGUUGAUGAGUCUCUUCACCGUGAGCUGGCCUCAAACCCAAUUUCUUUCACUGAUUUGAAACCCUCGCAAACCCGGAAAGAAGCCAUCGAAGGAGUCACCUCUUCAUCAAGAAAACCACGCCUGGAUUGCUCGGUCGCAAAGAUUCCGCAACUCUAUGCGAAUCCAUGGGAUACUUUCGAACCAGUUGCCAGAUUGCAAGAUCAGUCAUGGAUCUUUGCUCGGCGUCGGACAAAUAAAGGAGCAGUAGUGCAUGUCCAACAGCUCCAACAACAAAUGCCUGAUGCUACAGCUCUUCUGGAGAUGAUGGACCAAGUUGCCCAUCCAAGUUUCCUCAAAUUGCUCGAAUGCUACCAAUAUGACACGUCCUGUAUGCUAAUUUGGGAGCCAACCGAGGUGUCAGUUGAUCAGAUUUUAGCCUCCAGUUGCUUGAUCACCGCGGAUGAAAUCCUUUCCAUUGUGAAGCCGAUACUGGAGGGAAUUUUACAUCUUCGUCGGCUUGGAAGAGCGCUCGCCACUCUGAGCCCGGGAACAGUUUUAGUCACACAUUCUGGUGAUGUAAAGAUUGUGGGCGUCGAGAAUAGCUGCAAAAUCCAUGAAUCCGAAAUGAAUUCCGCAACGAUCAAAUUAUGUGCUUUAGCUGAUAUUGUUAAAAAAUUGAUGCUGAAGAAUUUAAACUACGAAUGGGAACUCGAGAUCCAAAACUUGCCAUACCAGCUGGAGAAUGUUCCCUUGGAGAAGCUCCUGCAGAAUGAGAUAUUUAAUCGAGAGUCAUCCAAAGAGGAGCUAAAGCUACUGGUUAGUGUGACCAACAAGACCGCCUAUCACGGUGUCCAGUCUUACUACGCUCGUUGA